ACAGGCAACUUCAACAAACCCGUGCCACAAACAGGAACACUCACAGGAAUCAAAAAUCACCCAACCUUCUCAUGGAGAGGAAAGAGCAUUACGAUUCCAUCCUGGACCGGAGCAAACGCAUUACAUGGCAGGAUGACUGCUACGUGGAUCUUCAGUCUUCCUCCGGUCCUCUCUCCUCACAAUCAGAAACAGAGGAUCUUGGCUGGAUCCAAAAGCAUCAUGAUCAGCUGCAACGCUUCACUACGGCCUCCUUCCUCGAGGAGCUGUUAACCCACCUGAGAAAGAUGGAUGUGCUGAGUUUGGCUGAGGAGUCCAAGAUCAAGGAAGCCGGCCGGCUGCAGGAUCAGGUUAACAUGCUCACAACUAUUGUCACUAGCAAGGACACCCAAGGCUCUGAUGCUCUCCAGGGUUUCAUAGAGAGCUCAGACUCUCCCAUGGCUCAGCUCAUCGUCAACCACGAUUCCAUGGUGAAGGAGCACAAAGAGGUGCUUCUACGUCAGUAUGAGCAGUACAGAGACAGAGAUUCAGUCAGCUGCCUCAAACUGAACGUCUCCUCAAGAACCUUACUUCUGGUCGAUGGACUCUCUGACCUCCAGCAAAAGGAGCAUGACCUAAUGCAGGUGGGAGCAGCUCGAGGCCGGAAAAGGAAUCAUCUCAGACAGCUGGGGCUGGCCAAGCUACUGGAGCCCCUGACCCGCGUCAGUUUGCCUCCCAGGGUCUCCCUCACAAUUGGGGUUGCUGGUAUCGGCAAGACCACCUGGGUCCGACACUUCGUUAGACAGUGGAGCCAAGGGGCCAUUUCUACAGACGUGAGCUUUGUUUUACCUUUUACCUUUUGUGAACUGAACUCACUGGAGAAGCUUUCAGCUGAGAAACUGGUGAAAACUGCUUUUCCUCAUUUAACUGACCCCGGUCUGGUCCUGAGCAGCUCCUGCCGGACACUUCUCAUACUUGAAGGCUUGGAUGAAUUCCGCUGCGCUUUAAAUUUCUCUGACGCAGCACCCUGUGAUGACCCAAAGAAAGAGGUGUCUAUUGAUGACCUAGUUACUAACAUCAUCCGGGGGAAUCUGCUCCCUGACGUCGCAGUGUGGGUGACUUCCAGGCCAGGAGUGGCCUCACUCGUCCCUGGAGGACUAGUAGACAGGGUGACUGAGAUCCCAGGAUUUAGCCCGAAGGAUAUCCAGAUCUUCCUGAACCACCACUUCUCUGAGAGGGAUUUUGCCACCAAAAUAUGGGAACACUUGGAGUCCCAUAAGAUUCUAAUGGUGAUGUGCUACAUACCGUGCAUUUGCUGGAUAGUAGCCGAUACUCUGAUGUACAUCAUGCAGAGUGAAACACAAGAAAGCCUUCCAAGGACUUGCACUGAGCUCUACGCCCAUUUCUGUUCCAUGAAGGCAGAGGUUGGCGAACCAAGAGGCAGGGAGCAUGUCAAAGUGGAGCAGCUUCAUGGGAGUAAUCGUAAACUGCUGGGGAAUCUUGGACGACUGGCCUUUUAUGGGCUCCUCAAACACAAGUACAGCUUCAGUGAGCAGGACCUCAGGGCCUACGGGAUAGAUCUACUCUUAACUCAGAGCAGCCUUGGUGCAGGAGUUCUUGUUCGGGAGGAGUCGGCCAUAUACGUAACAUACCGGUUCACUCAUCUGACUCUGCAGGAGUUUCUUGCGGCUACCUACUACCAUGUUUCCUCCAAGCGGGCAAUCUUUGACUUGUUCUCGGAAAGCACCAUGUCCUGGCCUAAAAUUGGUUUCCAGAACCACUUCAGAAGUGCCUUUCAGCAUGCACAGCAAGCAGAAGAUGGACAUUUGGAUGUGUUUGUGCGCUUUCUGACAGGCCUGCUGUGCCCAGCGGCACUGAAACCUCUUGGAGGACUAUUGCCCCUCGGGAAAGAUGAUGGUAAUCAAAAGGCCUGGGCCGCGGGCUUCUUGCAAAGCCUCUUGGUCAGCGGCGGUGCAGUGGUAUCGCUGCGCACAGUCAACCUGGCUUAUUGCUUACAGGAGCUGCAGCACACAGAGCUGCUGCGGAGUGUAGAGGAAGGUUUACGGCUCGGUAGCCUAGCAGGGAAAUUAACACGGGCUCACUGUGUUGUGCUGGGAUAUCUGCUGCACGUGUCUCCAGAGUGCAGUGAACAGACCAACCUGACAGGCUCUUUGAACUACGCCACGGUGAAAUGUUUGCUCCCACAGCUGCUGUACUGCAACCACCUCAGGUUAGAGAGCAAUCACUUCAAAGACGACGUCAUGGAAUUACUGGGAAGUCUGCUCAGUGCCAAAGACUGCCACAUUCAGAGGAUCAGUUUGGCGGAGAACGUCAUCGGCAACAAAGGAGCCAAAGCACUGAGUCGAGCCCUCCUGGUGAACCGGACUCUCACUUCUCUCAAUCUCCGGAACAACAACAUCGGCUCUAAAGGUGCAAAGUUCCUGGCAGAAGCUCUGAAAAUGAACCAAGUGCUGGUAUCAAUCAACUUCCAGAACAACUCCAUCGAGGAGGAAGGGGCCGAAGCCCUCGCAGAAGUGCUGCAGUGCAACCGCAAACUGGUGUCUCUGAAUUUAAGGAAAAAUUCAGUCGGAGCGGGAGGGGCCAAACGGAUUGCGGAAGCGCUGAAGACAAACCGGACUCUUACCAAACUGAUACUUUGUAGCAACCAGCUCGGAGAUAAAGGAACAAUCGCUCUGGCAGAGGCUUUGACACACAACCACACCCUGCUCUCGCUUCAACUUCAGAGUAACUCGAUCAGCAACAGGGGGAUGACUGCCCUGACCAAAGCACUCAGACUGAACCGAGGUCUCGUCUCCUUGAAUUUAAGGGAGAACUCGAUCGGGGUGGAGGGAGCUAAGAACAUGGCUCACGCGCUCCAUGAAAACAACUCUCUACAGGACCUUGAUCUCACAGCCAACCUGUUGCAUGAUGAAGGGGUUCAAGCUAUAGCAGGCGCAAUCAAGUUCAAUCAAGGCCUCACCUCUUUGCAUCUCCAGUGGAAUUUCAUCAAGUCCACUGCCACUAAAGCGCUGGCCCAUGCUCUGCUCUCCAAUAGCACAAUGCAGCUCCUGGAUCUGCAGGAGAAUUCUAUUGGGAACGAAGGCGUCAUUUUUCUUGCGGAAGCCCUGAAAACCAACGUGUCUCUCCGUACAUUAUGCAUCCAAGGGGUCUCAGCAGGAACUAGUGGUGCAUGUGCCAUGGCAAAGGCUCUGAUGACCAAUCAGACGCUGCAAACCUUAGAUUUCCGUGGGAACACUGUGGGGAUGGAGGGAGCAAAGGCUCUGGCGAAUGCACUGAAAAGCAACAGAAGCCUCAAGUCACUGAACCUGCAGGAGAACUCUUUGGGAAUGGAUGGAGCCAUAUUCAUCGCAACAGCCUUGAAGGGAAACCACCAAAUGACAUACAUCAAUUUGCAGGGAAACGGCAUCGGUGAAUCUGGAGCGAAGGUCAUAUCAGACGCCAUCAGAGCCAACGCUCCGGGCUGUGUGGUGGACAUCUGAGGUCAAACAGUACAUGUAGGCUGUGGUGCCAGAAACAAAUGUAAACUGGAAUUUUGUUCAACUCUAUCUAACAUAACAUAAUGGUACUGAAACAACUCUUGGUUUAUCUACUUUACCAGUUUAACAGUAUUUUAAGAUAUAUUUUAUUAUAUUUAUUUUGACAAUGAACAGUUUGUCUUCAAGAAGCUAUUUCCAUAAAGGAGAAAUAAGACUUAGCGUGAUGAGACGUUGAGUCGCAGCUUGUUUCUAUGUACGAUGCAUUAGGAUACUGUUCUGUACAUUUGCUCUAUUUGCACAAGUGACUCUGGUGUAUAGAAAUAAAAAUGGCCUUUGCCCAUAACAUUGUA